AUGGAUAGUGCCGGGUUUGUCAUGGGCACGCGCUUCGUCGCCACGGACGAGGCCGCGUCCGCGCAGCUGCACAAGGAGAUGAUCGUGCGCACGCGGGACGGCGGCGUGAGCACCUGGAAGUCCCACUUCCACGACAAGCUCGUCGACAGCAAGCUCUGGAACGACGAGUACGACGGCCGGGCCGUCGUGGGCGCCAUCCACAGCGAGUCCCGCGCGCUCGGCGGCGAUACGGCCACGGUGGAGGAGAGCCGAGAGCAUUUGCGUACGCGGUGGAGCGAGGAAGAGGGCAAGAAGAUGAUUGGGAAGUGGGCGGGAGCCGGGGUGGGACUCGUCACAGAAAUCAAGCCGGCUGGAGAGGUGGUUGUUGAGGUGAGAGAGGCUGCGAGGAAGAGAAUCCAGGAGCUGGCUGGGAUGAUUUGA